GCCGCUGAGUAGCACUGCUGCUGCUGCGUUUCGUGGAAAGUGUAUCAGUGAAAACAAAAUUUCCUUUUCUCCUUGCGUACCGAAGAGUUUUCUUUCGGUUAGCACACAUUUUCUUUCUCUUCCGGUUUUUGGUUCCUCCGGAAGCACCACCAGGCAACGAUCAGCACAAUGGAACCGUACGAUGUGAUAGUGAAUCAACCGGUCGUCAUCGACAAUGGCUCUGGAAUGAUUAAGGCUGGUUUUGCUGGCGAUCACAUACCAAAAUGCCGUUUUCCCAACUACAUGGGACGACCGAAGCAUGUACGCGUGAUGGCCGGUGCACUGGAGGGAGACAUGUUCGUGGGACCAAAGGCAGAAGACUAUCGGGGGCUGCUGAGUAUUCGCUACCCUAUGGAGCACGGCAUUGUCACCGACUGGAACGAUAUGGAAAAAAUCUGGACCUACAUCUACAGCAAAGAUGAGCUGGCCACCUUCGCCGAGGAGCAUCCGGUGCUGCUCACCGAAGCGCCGUUGAACCCGCGCAAAAACCGCGAGAAGGCGGCAGAAAUUUUCUUCGAAACGUUCAACGUGCCUGCACUGUUCGUGUCGAUGCAGGCUGUGCUGAGUCUGUACGCGACGGGGCGCGUGACCGGAGUGGUGCUGGACUCGGGUGACGGUGUUACGCAUGCCGUGCCAAUCUUCGAAGGUUUCGCCAUGCCGCACAGCAUUAUGCGGGUGGACAUUGCCGGGCGUGACGUGACCCGCUACCUGAAGACGCUUAUCCGGAAGGAAGGCUUCAGUUUCCGCACGACGGCCGAGUUCGAGAUUGUUCGCUCGAUCAAGGAGAAAGUGUGCUCGCUAGCGACGAACCCGCUGAAGGAGGAAACGGUAGACACGGAAAAAACGAAGUACACGCUGCCGGACGGAAACGUACUCGAGAUCGGCCCGGCAUGCUACCGAGCACCAGAAGUACUGUUCCGCCCGCACAUGCUCGGUGAGGAAUGCGAGGGCAUACACGAGGUGCUUAUCUAUUCGAUUCAAAAGUCCGACAUGGAUCUAAGGAAGAUGCUGUACCAGAACAUAGUGCUCUCGGGUGGAUCGACGCUGUUUAAGGGCUUCGGCGAUCGACUACUGUCGGAGAUCCGAAAACACGUGGCGAAGGAUAUGAAAAUUAGGAUUGCCGCACCGCAGGAGCGCAUCUAUUCGACCUGGAUGGGCGGUUCGAUUUUGGCCUCUCUCGACACAUUCAAAAAGAUGUGGAUCUCGAAGCGGGAAUUCGAUGAGGACGGUCAACGGGCGAUCCAUCGGAAAACCUUCUAAGGCGCCCGGCUAGCAUUUGCGUUUUCUCCAGCAGUUUGUGUCGCCGCCAGAGGGCUGUGUUUGCGUAUCGUUCGUGCGUGCAUGUUUCUAUCGGAAAGUGGUAAGCAUUUGGAAGGAAUGGAGCUGGCGUGGCCAGGAAGAUAAUGGACCAGCGCACUGAGCAUGAGUUCAUUUUAAAGAGGGUUUUCGAGGGCUGAUAAUAGAAACGCUUCUCUCAGGUUAAUAAAAAAAGCCUGUUUCAGGUCACCGGCUAUCAGUGGAUAGCGGAAGUAUCGUUCAACGCUUUAGGCUUCCGCGACGAUUUUUGUACUGUUUUCAUUUUUAAUGCCGGAAGGGAGGCAUAACUUUAUUAGUGCAAUGCGCAGUGGCACACACAUUUUUGGUUUAAAAUCUAGACAAAUAGACUAACAUAAACUAUGCAAUUGAACGAUCCUUCAGGAGGCAAUCGGAAUAGACAAGAGAGUGUUCACCUUAUGUAAGCGAUACUACAGUCGAGCAGCAAAUAUAGGGAAGUAAUAAGAAUUCCUUAUUCCACGCACAGAAAGACACAUGGAAUACGGUCGGUCUACCAAUGUAAUGGCCAAUCAGUGUUAGGGCUAUUCACUGUAUAUCCUUAUUCCAACUGCUCUGAGCGACGCUUUUUCCAAAGUUUUAAUGGUGUUUUUCAUUGUUGCCUAUACACACCUCACAUGACUACAUGUCGCUUUGAAAAAUGACACUCCUCUUUCAGUUGGUAGAAAUGUCCCUGUAAGCGAGUCCUUUUUUUAUAAAAUUGUUGCCCUUUGUUCGAUGGUGUGUCUUGUGUUUUUAUGUCAUUUGGUACAUGAGGGAAGUGUGUGUUUGCAUGUAAUGCAGAAGAAUUGAAUUGAACAUCUGCUAGCAAACAUAUUUGUUUUAGAAAUGUAACCAUUAAAAGUGUUUUACAUGUAUCAUCUUUUUCCACUAAUGACUUCACUUUCCUUCCCCCCUCUUGCACCUAGGGGCAAUCCUUCAUUCCAACUGCAAGUGGUUGCAUUAGAGAUGUGUGCUUUUUUCUAUUAACUUAUUCAGUUUCAGCACGGACUUCGAUCGAAUGAAUCCGAACGAACUGGGCUUUCAACUUUCAUCCAUAUUAAGCAAACGGUUCGGUUCCUUUGGCAUGAUAUGAAUGAAAAUAGGCAGCUCGAUUCAAUCGAAGUCCGUGGUAAGGCUGAAUAUAACUAUAUGGCUUUGAAUGUCAAUGAUGCGCACGAUAGGACAAUCCUUUUUCCUUUGCGUAGUCAUGAUUUGAUUGAUCGUAAAAUUUGAUCAUCAUAUCAUCGCUUCCAAAACAGCACUUCUAAUAAUACUUUUUCAUGCAUUAACACAUUAAGUUAUACUUUAGUAAUUUAUACUCAAUAACUAUCAAGUAAAGCACGAUGUGAAACGUGCGUGUGUACGCGCGUAGAAGGUUGUUGCUCGUACAUGAACGCGUAUCGAAAAGGGCAGCACAAGUAGGAGACAUUGUGGAUCUUAUCCCGUAAAAAAAACAAACAGAAAUAUGAAUAGAUAUUAUGUAACUAAUUAUUAGUAUCAGGUAAUGCAGUUGCAACGAAAAUCGAUAAUUGAAUCGCUGAAUUGCAGGCAUGUUGUGUCGCAGGGUUCAUAGGAUUGGAGCUUCUCAGUUGUACCGAGUACUUAACGACGGUCGCCGGGGAAGCAGAAUGAAAGACACGGCAAUUGCAAAGUGUAUGCGGAAUAAUAUAUCGAACAAGAAAAUUCAA